AUGGACAAAAGUCUUGUGAAACGUGUUAUGGACCUUUCUAACCGUUCCCAAAACGAUGCUUUCCGAGGCUCACUUCGCUUCCGCGCCAGAAAAGCAACGCAUCAGUCAUCGAGCUUUUCGCAACAAGGGGAGAACAGCAGGAGUAGCGAAAUCGAAGAAGCAAGCAAAUCGUAUCCUGAUGACCAGAACUCGAGGUCCGUUCAUUCUCUAUGGGGGACCGUAUUGGACAAAAAUCACGCUCUUGGUUUUAGACGAUCAAAGAAGAAGUUGGAGUCUAAUUCUAGACCUCACAUCUCGAUGUCAAUACUCCCACAUGCCUCAGACUCCUGUGAGACCGCUCAGAACAACCAGUGUUCAACUGGAUCCAUCUUUUCUAUCAAGGCUGCACCUCUGGUGACUGCUGGAUCCCUCAAAGAAGCCAUGUGGAUAGCGUCUUUGCGGGAAAUGGUUCAGAGCCCUUCCUAUAAUGCUGAAAUCACUCAGGACUGUGGACCUGUUGAUCCCUUCAGAUACCUUAGUGCCAUGUUCCCAACUGAACGCCACGAGGUUCGACUGCUAUCUGAGCCCGUAUUUGGUUCUGCAUACACUGCAUACAUUCGUUAUCUUACAGUGCAGAAAGUCUGUGAUGCACUCGGUCUUGAUAUGCAAAGUCAAACAGCGGUCACAUCAGCAGGCAUAAUGUGCAAGGAUGUCAUUCAUUGGACCGGGGCACAAGAGGGAACAUUUGCGAAUCAUAGGAAGGAUAUUAGAAGGUCAGAGGAAUUGCGUCUGAGGUUGGGAAGAGCAUCUUCCCUUACUGCGAGAGAGGCAUCUCUGAAGCUGUUGUCGGAAAUUUCCAUAGGUGCCUUGCAAGGCUUCUAUAUUGAGACAUCAUUUAACGGCAUUGCAUCCACAAUGCAAGACCAUUCCAAGGAAGCGUGA